AGCAACGAAGCAAGCCGUUACUAUGGUGAGCUUUGAAGUUUUCCAAGUCUCACUGUAUAGAUUGCAGCGAAGCUGCGGAAAAGAACAGCGUCGGCGAAAGUCAUCUUUGUCUUUUUAAGGGCAGUAAAACUGCUAAGCUAUGAAAACCCGUAACGCUGAGAAUAUCCAGAUCAGCAAAGCUGUUACCAUGGAUAUCAGUGGAACUGUUGCUAUGGAAAUCAGUAGAAUUGUUACUACGGAAAUAUGUAAGGCUGUUGCUAGGAAGGUUAGAAAAGCUGUACAGUUCGAGGUUGACAGCAAAGCUGUCAGUUUUAACAUUUCUAAAGCUGUUUCCACGAAGAUUAGCAAAUCUGUUACAACAGAAAUUCAAAAUUUCAUCGCUUUGGCGAUUAACAAAUCUCUUACUUUGCAGAUCAGUAAAAGCGUCGCCAAAGAGAUUCGUAAAUCUGUAACUAUUGACAUUAACGAAGCUAUUAAAUCAAAAAUUACCACAGCUGUUACUACUGAGAUUAGCGAAGCUAUGAAAAGAAAGAACAUUUAUCCGAUCUCACACGAUUUGAAAAAUGCUGCGAUUUUGGAGAUAAGCAAAUGCGUUACCAUGGGGAUUGGUAAAGUUGUUGCUUUGAAAAUUGGUGAAGCUGUUACAACAGAAGUAUGCAACAUCAUAACCAAUGAGAUUGAUAAAGCAGUUACGAUGCAGAUUAGCAAAGCCGUGACCAGUGGGAUAAGCAAAUCCGUUAUGGUUUAUAUAUGCAAAUGUAUUGGUACGGAGAUUAACAAACUUGUAUCAGAGAAUAUGUGGAAAGCUAUGGAAGUACAAAUUGGUGAAUCAGCGAAUAUUGAAAUUCCUACGAGUGUUAUCAAAGAGGUUUGCAAAGCGGUCACACGGGAAAUUAGCAAGGCUGUUGCCUUAGAGAUUAACAACGCUAUUACUAGCGAAAUCGGUAUGGCAGUAACUAGGCAUAUCAGUCAAACUGUGACCCGGGUGAUCACAAAAGACGUUAUUAGUAAAAUUAGCAAAAAGGCUUCCGCUGAUAUCAGCGAGGUUAUUGACAAAGAAAUAAUAGACGCUGUUACUAUAGAAAUCAGUCAGGCUAUGUCCGAUGAAGUGAACAAAGCAGUGACUUUGGAGAUCAGCAAGAAUCCCGGUCCUGACAAGAAUUACUACAUAGAAGUUGAUAACAUUAUUAGCGACUAUGUUAGCAAACAUAUUAUGAAAGCUGUAACUAUGGAGAUAGAUGGGACCAUUCACCAAGAAAUCAAUAAUGCAGUUUCCAAGGGUGUGAGCGAGAAUUUAGUGAUUGACAUCUGCAAUGACCUGACACAAGUAAUUAGUAGUGGCAUUAUAACAGACAUCGUUAGUAAAACUAUAUCACUAGAUUUUAGCAGUGAUGUUGAGAGAGAAGUUAAAAAUGCUGUUUCUAUGGCCUUCAGCAAGUUUGAUGAAUUGCAAGACACUGGUACCAUCGUAGCCGAAAGAAUCAAAGACGGAAUUACCAUCGAGAGCGACAAACGCCUCUCAAUGACUAUUAGCAAGGAGGUUACAGCGCGCAUUGGGAAAGGUGUGUCCAAAGUUAUUAGCAAAAGCAUUACCAUGGAUAUUAAGAAGGAAAUCUCCAUUGAUAUUAGUUUGGAAGUUUUGAAGAACCUCAGCAACACCAUCAGCCUGAAUAUUAGCAACGUGAUUACUAAGCGAAUUGAGAACGUUGAUAUCCAAAGCACUUCAGUCGUGGAUAGGGUAUUAAACAAUAAAAUUAUUAUGACAAUCAGAAGCGCAGUAUUAAGGGGAUUUGAAGAGUGUGUGUUACUGGAAUUGAAUAAAGAAAUUAACAUGGAUAUCACAGAGGCGGCAACGAGUGAGAUUAUUAAUGCUAUUUCCUCAGAAAUUAACAAAGUAGUGCCUAUAGAAAUCUGCAGGCAGGUGUGUUCAAAUAUCAAGAAAUCGGUUUCCAAAGAGUCCAACAGAACAUUUUGCAAGAACAUAAGCAAAAGUGUGACAUUUGAAAUCUGUCAAAUGGUCACCAAAGAGAUCAGUGAAGCCAUUGCCAUCGAUAUAGCUAAGGCCGUCAUACAGGGCAUUAGUAAAGCCAUUACCUCAGAGAUAAGCGAAGCAGUAACUAACAAGAUCAGUAAAGAUAUUGCAAUGCAAGUCAGUUUAUCGGUUACAGCAGAGAUCAGCAAAGCCGUAGGACAGAAUUUUAUUCAAAGCUGUGAUGCAGAGAGACGCAAAAUCGUGGAUAUGACUAGGUCUGUGUCAUUAUUGAUUAGUAAUGCCGUAAUAAUGGAGAUUAGUAGAGCGGUUGCUAAAGAAAUCAGUAGAGCCGUUACGAUAGGAAUAUGUAAAUCUGUCACAUUGGAAGUCAGCAAAGUAGUAUCACUGCAAAUUAGCACAGCUGUUAUUAUGGAGAUAAGCACUGCGGUCACGAAAGAAAUUGGUAAAGUGGUUGCUAUGGAACCUACGGAAAAAACAGCUCUAAGAAUUUGUGAUAAUAUCAUACGAGGUAUUACAGAUACUGUUUCUGUUGAGAUCACUGAAGCUGUUGCCAUGUCAAUCUUCGACCUCACUCUCAUAGACGUAAUUGAAAGCGUUGCUGUAGUCAACACUUACGACAUUGCCAAAUAUAUUGACAAUAUGUUCGACAAAAUGUGGUUCUACAGACUUAUUGCCAAUCAAUAUGUUAACGAAUAGACUUCCAUCAUCAAACAUCGAGUGUUUCUAUUCUUCGUAUCGACUUGAUCCAGAUUUUCUUCGACGGUCGAACUACAUUAGAGAAAAAUAUUACACAAUAUUUGUAUAAAUCACAUUAGAAAAAAUAUCGACAAUUGGAGAAAACAAAGUAAAAACAAGAUCAUUACUUUUUUGAAUAAUACAAAGCACAGAUGUCUAACUGGAUUUGCUUUAUUUUGAUAUGUAAGCGAAGUCUCGUAUCGAUUUUUCAUAAAGGAUGAACGGAGAAACAUUUAAUGAACGAUAAAAAGAUAUAUAGGAAAAAAUGAAACGGGAAUACAGAAAGAGAAAGUGAUAGAUAGGUAGAAAGAAAGAGAGCGAGAUAGGAAGAGAUUAUCUCUCACAAGCUUUAAAGUAUUUCACUAGAGGUAAAGAAAUGGAUGAUACGAUAUAAUGCGUUUCAAAGAACUCUUGCUACAUAUAAGAAAUGCUUUAAAUAUGAAUGUCAAAGUCCUAUUAA